AUGCCUUCCGUUAGCAGCUUCCUUUCCGCAUCGAAGAAUGCUUUGCUUCGUCCUGCUCCUGUUUCUAAUCGCACGGUCGCUUUGGUAACGGGAAACGAGUCCGCAGACCUUGACUCGUGUCUCGCGUCCAUCACGUACGCAUACUUGGCUACUCAAGCUUCACCUUCCACCGUGCACGUCCCUCUCCUGAACUUCGACCGUGCCGACUUCGCCUUGAAACCAGAGCUUCUCCAUGUGUUUAAGGAUACAUCUGUCUCUACAGAUGACCUUGUAUGCUUGGAUGAUCUGCCAGUAUCGCUGAACGUGGAGAAUUGGGUUUUGGUUGAUCACAAUGCGCCUACCGGUCGUAUCGCCCACAUGGCUGGAGCUCAGGCUGAGAAGGUUAUUGGUAUCAUUGAUCAUCACGUCGAUGAAUGCCUUGCGAAGGGUGCAUCACCACGAGUUAUCGACGUUACGGGGUCAUGUACGACUUUGGUCGUGAACUACUUCCGCAGUCUGCCUGGGUUGCCAUGGCCUGCUGGCGAGGAUGGCAAGACGUUGGCGAAGAUUGCGAUUACUCCUAUCCUUAUCGACUGCUCCAACUUGAGAAGCAACAAGACUACUCCACACGAUGUCGAGGCAGUCGCUUUCCUGCGAUCGAUUCUGGGCGUGGAGAAGGGUUUCCAGACGAAGGGUAUGACGGACUCCAUUGACGAGUGGUAUCAUGCCGUGGAUGACGCAAAGCGUGAUGUCUCAUCUUUAUCUGUGCAUGACCUCUUGAGGCGCGACUAUAAGGAGUGGCAAACAUCUACAUCUGCAACGCUCGGUAUCUCGUCAUGUGUCGUUUCGAUUACAGACCUCCACAACAAGGACGGCAAGUGGUGGUCCGCAAUCAAGGAGUGGAGUCAAGAGCGCAAGUUGGACGUGUACGCACUCAUGGCCUCUUUCAAGGUCGACGGUAAGCAUAGGCGUGAGCUUGUCGUUUAUGCUGCGAAUGAGAAGUGGGCGGAGAUCGGAAAGUUAUUCAAGGAGAAGCAUGGCGAGGAGUUUGAUUUGAAGAAGUGGAAGGGCGAGGAGGGUGUUGUUGACGCUGUCGAGGAGGAUGAGCGUGCUUGGCCAUGGAGGCAGAAGAAUGCAAAGGCUAGCAGGAAGCAGAUUGCGCCGGCGUUGAGGCAGACCAUGGAGGAUGCCGGACUCUGA